ACUUCUCGAAGCCAGCCGUAGUGAAAAGCAAGAAUUGUGUUCCUGCCAGCCAGACCCAGUCUCCAGUGCUGGUCCCCCUGAUGGCAGUUUGUCCAAGCCUGUGAAACCUGCCAAGCUGGACGCCACAGCUUUGCACGACUGCACUUUGGCCGCCACUGUGCCUCCUUCGGAGCUCUCGAGUGAUGCGGUCCCAGCCUGUGACACAGGCAUUCAUGAAGAGCACUAUGUAAGUGAAGCAGUGGAAGAUGAUCUUCCAGACUGCAGAGAGUACAGAGAUGCCUGCACCAUUACUGAUGUGUGCAAUAGUACCAAUCUUCCUGAAGUUGAGAUCAUCAGUCUACUGGAAGAGCAGCUGCCUCAUUAUAAGCUAAGAGCAGAUACAAUCUAUGGUUAUGACCACGACGACUGGCUUCAUACACCUCUCAUUUCCCCUGAUGUGAAUAUUGACUUAACAACUGAGCAAAUAGAAGAGACCUUGAAAUACUUCCUUUUAUGCGCUGAAAGAGUGGGCCAGAUGACUAAAACAUACAAUGACAUAGAUGCUGUCACACGUCUUCUUGAAGAGAAAGAACGGGACUUAGAAUUAGCUGCUCGGAUUGGCCAGUCACUGUUAAAGAAGAAUAAAUCACUGACAGAAAGAAAUGAGUUCCUGGAGGAGCAAGUAGAACACAUCAGGGAAGAGGUUUCUCAGUUGCGGCAUGAACUCUGCAUGAAAGAUGAACUGCUCCAGUUCUACACCAGUGCUGCUGAAGAAAGUGAGCCAGAGUCCAUCUGUUCCACCCCGCUGAAGAGGAAUGAAUCUUCUUCCUCCGUCCAGAACUACUUUCAUUUGGAUUCUCUUCAAAAGAAACUCAAGGAUCUUGAAGAGGAGAAUGUUGUGCUUAGAUCUGAGGCCUGUCAGCUGAAGACUGAAACAAUUACUUAUGAAGAGAAAGAACAACAGCUUGUCAAUGACUGUGUGAAAGAGCUAAGAGAUGCAAACAUCCAGAUUGCCAAUAUCUCCGAAGAAUUAGCAAAGAAAACAGAAGAUGCUGCCCGGCAGCAAGAAGAAAUCACCCACCUUCUCUCUCAGAUAGUCGAUCUGCAGAAAAAGGCAAAAGCUUGUGCAGUUGAAAAUGAGGAACUUGUCCAGCAUUUGGGAGCAGCUAAAGAUGCCCAGAGACAGCUCACAGCAGAGUUGCGAGAGCUGGAAGACAAGUAUGCAGAGUGCAUGGAAAUGCUUCAUGAGGCUCAAGAAGAGCUGAAAAACCUUAGGAACAAGACUAUGCCAAACGCCGUAUCGCGUCGGUACCACUCUCUCGGGCUCUUCCCUAUGGAUUCUUUGGCAGCAGAGAUAGAAGGGUCAAUGAGAAAAGAACUGCAUUUAGAUGAACCCGACUCUCCUGAUUUUGCUCAUCAGAAGCGUGUCUUCGAGACAGUGAGAAAUGUCAACCAAGUUGUCAAGCAGAGAUCCAUGACUCCAUCACCAAUGAAUAUCCCAGGCUCUAACCAGUCCUCUGCUAUGAACUCAGUCAUGUCUAGCUGUGUCAGCACUCCACGUUCCAGUUUCUAUGGGGGAGACAUCUCUAACAUUACAAUAGACAACAAGACCAAUAGCAUCAUCUUAGAGACAGAAUCCUCUGACAACGGAAAUGAAGACAGGAUGAAGAAGCCUGGAACUCCGGGGACUCCAGGCUCCAGUGACCUAGAGACUGCCCUUCGUAGGCUGUCCCUCAGGAGGGAGAAUUACCUCUCAGAGAGGAAGUUCUUUGAAGAAGAGCAGGAAAGGAAGUUGCGGGAACUGGCAGAAAAGGGUGAACUCCAUAGUGGUUCCAUUACCCCCACAGAGAGCAUCAUGUCGCUGGGAACUCACUCAAGGUUUUCCGAAUUCACUGGAUAUUCAGGAAUGUCUAUCAGCACUCGCUCCUACCUGCCAGAAAAGCUUCAGAUUGUGAAACCACUAGAAGGUUCUGCCACUUUGCACCACUGGCAGCAGCUGGCUCAGCCUCACCUGGGCGGCAUCCUGGACCCGAGGCCUGGGGUUGUCACUAAGGGCUUCAGGACCCUGGACCUGGACCUGGAUGAAGUGUACUGCCUUAAUGACUAUGAGGAAGAUGAGACAGGUGACAUUUCUUACAAGGGCCUAACUACCUCGACGCCAGUUCAGCACACAGAGACCUCAGGUGAGAGGUCACAAGCACAAGUGACUGUUUCAGACAACAAGAAUAACCCCUGCCAGUCUCAGGCUUUCACAGAGGAGAUGCAGGAGUCCACGGCUGACGAUGAUGAGGGGUCUGUACCUCAUCCUGGGAAGUGCAUGUCACAAACCAACUCCACCUUCACCUUCACCACCUGCCGCAUUCUGCACCCCUCCGAUGAGCUCACACGAGUCACACCAAGCUCCUGUGUAGGAGCGUACCGUUGUGUGAGUCCCCAUUCAGAGCUGAUGUGUCUAGACUUGUUUAGACAUGAGAUGGGCACUGACUACCUAAGGAACGCAUGAAAAGUAAGGUAUUAUUGAAUAUGAAAAUCUGUGAGGUGGAAAGGAACCUGAAUGAUGAGUCCAUGGUAACUUUUUCCGCUUCCCUUUUUCAACAUAGCUAAUCAUGGCCUGUCUGGAUUUAAUUUAUUCUUUUCUGUCUUCUCUCUUCAACACUAUUACUCAAGAGAUCCUUUUAAAUGGCUGUAGUUCUGUUUUAAUUUUCUUAUUACUGUUGAAUUGCUGUUAAUUAUGGUCAUAAUAAACUCCUUGAUUACGUUGGUUAUUAAAUCUAACAAAUGAGCCAUACUGACAGCUAAAUUCAGUAUAUUUUCAGCUGCCUUAGUUAAACCAAAGUUCAUCAUUCGUUCAGGAGGAAGAAGAGGGAAAUAAACAGUGUGAUGUUUUCAGCAGAUGUUUUUUAAGGAACUCCUCCUUACCAACUGUAAACAAUUCUUCACAGGUCAUGUGAGGAGGACGAGGAAACUGCAUUAUGUCUCCUUAUGCUGAGAGGAGGGAUAGGGCACACACUAUGAUCCAGCGUGGCAGGGGGUGAGCAACACUGCCAGCAGCAUCUGUGUUGGCAGGGUCGUGUCCAAGGAAUGCCAGUGUGUGUGGCACCAGCUAACCCAAAGAGGUUUGGUAUUUGCCUACCUGGUUGCGUUUUAACCUAGCCUCUAACCCAGGUGAUGCUCUAACCUGACUAAAUUUCCUCUAGCUAAAUGAGGUGCUCAUUUAUGUGUUUCUUUUUCCAAUCUCACUCUGAAACUGUCACUGGGCUGAGUUGCUGAGGCCAGUUUGAAUCUUUUGGUGUCUGUGUCCAGGCUGCUCUGCAGCGUUGGUCAGUUUGAUGGAGAAAAUAUUUUCCAGUUAAAGUAAUGCCAAAAUGAUCAAACAAACAAAAAAGCAACACUUGCAUAACAGCUGCUUUCUAGCAGGGUUGUCUGGGGGGUUUUAAUUGCUCUGUAGUUUGUUCUGUGCUGACAAAGCAGUGGAACUGCUAAUAUGAAUAUCUGUGCAACUGAAAUCUGGUGCUGGAAAGAAUGAAGCAGUUGGAGGUAUUAAGCCAUUGGAGUGCUGUAGUUUUAAUCUUGUGACUAGGACAUCUUAGAAGCCUGAUAAUGAACGCCGUGUGUCUGGGUUUCCAAAAUGUACUUGGUCCUAUUCUGUAGAAAGUCAGUUCAUGCAGUAAGUUUUCUUUCUCUUCCCUCCCUCAUGCUUUUCAAGACUUCUGUACUUCUGUGUUUUCUCAAACAUUUUUGCAUUACAGUUUACAGGGAGGAAUAGAUGGGAUUCCUCUUGUUGAAUCACAGGUGCAGGGUAAAAAUCCUUUGGCGGUUUCACUUGCUUAUGGUAGAAGUUCCAAAUCAUUGAAGAGAUUGUGUUGGUCACAUCUUGGACCAUGGAGAGAGACCUGACUUGGGGCUUCAUAGCAUCAGCCUGAUAUUUCCUUAAUUAAGGAGUGCCUUAUAUACGAUUAGAUGAUGAUCUAAGCUCAUCAGAAAGCUCAGCUCAGAGCAUUCCAGGGUGUCUAACCUCACAGAGUUCACUAAGGUGAAAUGAGACUGCAAAUUCCAGUCUCAUUAGGCUAUAUGGACAAAAAGGAGGCAAUUCAUUCAUUGGCCUGAGUCUUCUCUACACCUGGAAAUCCAGCCGGAUUGUCUCAGUGUGGCUAUUUGAUGCAUUUCUUGGUACAGAGAACUCAACUUUUAGUAGCGUGUUAUGGCUGAGCCAAUCCAACAGCAUGGCUCUGCUGAAACGGGAAGAUCCCGUUCUUUCCCCUUUCCUUUCCCCUCGCAGCUGCUUGGUUUUCCUGCUCUCUUGCACUGGCUUUGGCUUUUGUCUGACUCUUUGCUGAGUGUCUUCUACUUGCUAACCUGGCAAGGUGAAGGGGAAGAUUUUCUUUUUUGAGCAGUGGUGAGCUCUCAGGUCAGUGAAUUGUCUGUUAGCAUCAAGUGUUGCAUUGUUCAAGAGCCUUUUAAUGACAUUAAAGCGAAUGAAUCCAUGCCUAGGAAAUACUACUGUGGAAUUACAUUUUUCAUGUGUGUAUAUGUGGCAAAACCCAUCAUUUGAGCAAGGUUGGAAAGCUUUUUGUAAAGGUGAAUGGAACCCAUGGGAUUUUCCCAAAUAGACAUGAAUUUGGAGUGUCGUGGAUGUCCCACAUGCCUUGUUUCUGGAAUAACUGAGUACACCACACCUUAUUCAAUGAAUGUUGUACCUUGGACAUUAUUAUUAGUGGGGAUUACCAAUAGGAAAACAUGCUGUGGCUAACCUGAUCUAUUAGGAACAAGUUUUUUAAGGAUGGCACUGUAGUGCCAGAAGCACUCAACCCUCAGUGUCCAUGGGAUCUCAAACUGUGGCACAAAGGACUUGGAAUGUCUUUGGAAAUAGGUAUUGCCUUGAGUCUGUGUUUGGUCACAUGGGCAGCUUCUGGGGAGAGGGUGAUUGCCAGAAUGAAUGCAAUUUGAUAUUCCUCGAGAAAUCCCAACCCUUAAUAAACUAGCAGUAAUGUGCUUAAGAAAACAAAAUGCCCUAAGAGAGCACUAAACAUCAGUACAUCUUGUCUGUCACUUGUUCUGAAUGUGCAGAUUAUUCGCCCUGUUUUAAUAUUUUCUUGUCCACUGCCUGUAUGUAGUUUAUUUUUAGAAGAAAGAACUGGAAUUGGGGAGCAAUUUAGCAAUGUUUCAAACUAUAGAAAGGAACAGUAGGAUGGCUCUUUGUCAUGCUUGGUUUGCUGCUAUCAGUUACCCAUUGGCCAACUGACAGAGCUCGACGCUGUUUUUCUCAUCACCUUUGAAGAUUAUUCACACCAUUGUGCAUCUCCAUCCAAAGUCAGAUCUUCCAUCCCCUUACCCUUUAGUGAAAAUGAAUUCAACAUAAGAAGGGUUUGACUUUACAGAAGUGUCGUGGUUUGAGCCCAGCCGGUAACUCAGAACCACACAGCCGCUCGCUCACUCCCCCCCCCCCCUCCUUCUUCCUCCCCCCCCGCUCCCGGAGGGAUGGGGAGGAGAAUGGGAAGAAUGUAACUCCCACGGGUUGAGAUAAGAGCAGUCCCGCAACUAAGGUAUAACACAAAACCACUACUGCUACCACCAAUGAUAAUAACCAUUAGUGAAAUAACAAGGGGAGAGGAUACAAUUGCUCACCACCCGCCGACCGAUACCCAGCCCGACCCGAGCAGUGAUCUGGGCCUUCUGGGUAACUCCCCCCGGUUUAUAUACUGGGCAUGACGUGCUGUGGUAUGGAAUACCCCUUUGGCCAGUUUGGGUCAGGUGUCCUGUCUCUGCUUCCUCCCGGCUUCCCCUCCUCCCUGGCAAAGCAUGAGACUGAGAAAGUCCUUGUUGGAAUAAACAUUACUUUAGCAACAACUAAAAACAUCGGUGUUAUCAGCGUUGUUCCCAGGCUGAAAGUUAAAAAACACAGCACUGCACCAGCUACUAAGCAGGAGAAAAAUGACUGCUAUAGCUGAACCCAGGACAAGAAGCAUGUGUUGGUGACAAUGCCAACUUCCAACAGCUUUGCUAUGGAUGCUUCUGUAGCAAGUACGUUCCCCUCCUCCCUUGCUGCUGUCUCUGCUAUGACCUAGGAGCACUAAAAAGACUAGCAGCUCUGUGUGCUCAAAGUGACACCAGAAAGUAAAUCUGUCUUGCUUAUACCAUUAGUCAAGUCCCCCCUGUAUCCUUGUCUCAUGGAAGCAACUGGGAGUUGUGGCAGCCAGUAGAUCAGGAAGAAAAACUGAAGGUGUUGAUCAGGAACCUGUCACUUUGUUUAUCAGAAAAAAUGUGGUGGUGGGUGCUGGGGAAUGCGUCAAUCCCAUGAGGCUGGGUGGUGAAACACGCAAAGUGCAGAGAUGUGUUUUGUAAGAGAUGAUGGUUUUGCACUUGUCAUCACAUUUGUGAGGAGCUGGGAACUGGCAGUUUUGUGGGCACCCUCAAAUGGAUAAAAGACCCUGCUGGGAGUUCAAAAUCUUGCUUGCAGAGUAAGCUUUAAUUCCAUAGUGGAGAGAAUAAUUUGCCUGCUCCUUUG